GGGCGAGGCCCGGCGCUGCCGCCAAUCGGCGCAGUGGGGUGGGCACGGCCGCGGCUGCUAUAAAGGAGGGGCAGCGGUACCGCGGCCGGUUGAGCGCACUGCGGUGGUGGUUCGAGGGCAGAGUGGGGGUCGACUGAGAUUUGUCAACAUGAAUGUGUGUCUGACCAUCCUGUCCCUGUGCUUGGGGCUGGCCUUUGCUGCACCGAGAUUAGAUCCCGAUUUAGACAGCCACUGGCAGCUGUGGAAGUCCUGGCACAGAAAAGAUUAUCAUGAGAGAGAGGAAAGCUGGAGGAGAGUGGUGUGGGAGAAGAAUCUGAAAAUGAUUGAACUCCAUAACCUGGAUCACUCAUUAGGAAAACACAGUUAUAAGUUGGGGAUGAAUCAGUUUGGUGACAUGACCACAGAGGAGUUCAGACAGCUGAUGAAUGGCUAUAUACGCAAGAAGUCAGAAAGGAAGUAUAGAGGAUCCCAGUUUCUUGAGCCCAGCUUCCUUGAAGCACCACGAUCUAUAGACUGGAGAGAGAAAGGAUAUGUAACUCCAGUUAAAGACCAGGGUCAGUGUGGCUCUUGCUGGGCUUUCAGCACAACAGGAGCUCUUGAAGGCCAGCAUUUCAGAAAAACUGGAAAACUUGUUUCACUCAGUGAACAGAAUCUUGUGGACUGUUCCCGCCCUGAAGGAAAUCAAGGCUGCAAUGGUGGUCUCAUGGACCAGGCUUUCCAGUAUGUACAAGAUAAUGGGGGAAUUGAUUCAGAGGAAUCCUACCCAUACACUGCGAAGGAUGAUGAAGACUGUCGCUACAAGGCAGAAUACAAUGCUGCUAAUGAUACUGGCUUUGUUGACAUCCCUCAAGGACAUGAAAGAGCUCUCAUGAAAGCAGUAGCAGCCGUCGGUCCAGUGUCUGUUGCUAUUGAUGCAGGCCACUCUUCAUUCCAGUUCUAUCAGUCAGGUAUCUACUAUGAACCAGACUGUAGCAGUGAAGACUUGGACCAUGGUGUUCUGGUUGUAGGUUAUGGUUUUGAAGGUGAAGAUGUAGAUGGAAAGAAAUACUGGAUUGUUAAGAACAGCUGGGGUGAGAAGUGGGGUGACAAAGGAUAUAUCUACAUGGCCAAAGACAGGAAGAACCACUGUGGAAUAGCAACAGCUGCUAGUUAUCCACUUGUAUAAUUUGAAGACUGAACAUUUCAUUGCAAAGGGGGAUAAUAAACUGAAUGACCAAAUCCACAUUCACACAUGUGGUAAACUUUCAUUCUUCAAAAGUCAACUUGAUUUUUUUUUAACUCUUAAAGUCUGUUUUACAUGUUGAUGACAUGCCACUUAUUUUAAAUUAAUGUGAAUGUUGGUAUGUAAACAGCUUGUAAUAUUGCUGGCUUUUAACUGCUUAAUCUAAUAGAUUCUUCUAUGUAUUUUCUCUUUUUUUUUAAAUUGCAAGUGUGCCCAAAGGUUUACUUUUUAAAUAAACACUUAAUUUAGUGUGUACAGAUAA